AGCGCUCACCUGCCCUGCUCUCUCUUCUCCUACCAUCUCUUGUUUCUUUCUUCUUUCCCUCUCCUCCUCCCUUACUCAAAGCACACGAAAACAUUGGUUUUGAUCCGAGUUUAAAGUCUUACCCUCGUUUGAAAGCCGGAGACUGUUCUCCACUUCUCUUUCUUGUGCAAAGCUGAUUUGAUCAGGAGCUUGUCAUGAUAAAGAAGAUGGUUGAGAAUUAUGGGCCUGCUGAGGGUCUACGUGGGAUGCAUACCUGUCCAGAUAUAGGACGGUCGGGAUCGAACGAAGAAAUUCAUCCUGUGGAGGCGAAAAGGUCCAAGAUUAACACGCACAUAAAUUAUGCACCAGGGGGAUUUAGUCCUCUAGGCCUGAGGUUAACUAAAACUCCGUCCUUCGCGGAACUCAUAGAAACAAAGCUAUGUAAGCAGACUCCCAGCGCUUUAGAAAAAAGGAUGAAGAGAAACAAAGCUCAUUCUUCAGCUGAGAAGUUGAAGGCUUGUAAUAUGCCGGCAUUUUCCCUCCAAAUUGGUUCUUGGAAGAGGGUGGCAUCAUUUGAUGGUGAUGUGGUGGCUAAAUGCUAUUUUUCCAAGCAAAAACUGGUGUGGGAGGUUUUAUGUGAAGGUUUGAAGAGUAAAAUGGAGAUCCAGUGGCUUCAAAUAUCUGCUAUUAAAGCUACAUUCAUCGAGGGACGUCCUGAUAGUCUCAAAAUUGAGUUGGAGAAGCCACCAAUGUAUUUCCGCGAAUCUUCUCCACAACCGAGAAGACAUACUAUGUGGGUUUCUGGCAAUGAUUUUACAGAAGGCCAAGCUCAGAUAUACAGGAGACAUAUUCUACAAUUUCCCGAAGGAACUCUAGAGAAACAUUAUGAAAAGCUUCUUCAAUGCGAUCCUCGGCUUUAUGAAUUGAGUCAGAGGCCUUUUCCAGACCUCAAUUCUCCAUUUUUUGAUAUGAUUCCUAUCAAGCAGAAUAUAUAUUAUCAACAAUCUGGAAACUUAUUUCAAACCCAACAAGUUCUACAUCGAGUACCUCUUAUUGCUAAUACGAGCUUGAUAAGCUCACCAAGUCGACAUACUGUUCCAUAUCAAUCUACAUCAUCAUCCAUCAAUGCUUUGAAUUCUGUGUAUUCAUUUCCAAUGGGAACAAUAGACAGGAGGAACAUGAGUAUGGCCCCAAACCCAGUUAUGAACUCUCAACGUUCCAACAAGGAACUUUCAGUGCACUCGGUCGAUCCUGCAACGAGCUCUGGCCUCGAUCAUAACAUUCUUGUAUGGAAUCAAGGAGUACAGAACAUAAAAGAUUUCACUAACCUAUGGAACGAACAACUUGAUUCUAUUGCUCACAUUAAUCAACAGUCAAUCGGAAUAAAUUCAACUGCGCAUAAACUUUUCAAUGAACCACAAUCACCAGUAAAGGCCGAUGAGAAAUCUCUCCUUGUCAAGGCGAGCUCUUUUGGGUCUACUCUUUGUGAAUUCAAUGGAGUAGCACAAGAAGCUCCAACACCAGAAGAUGGAGAAUAUAAUCUCAGCAAUCCUAACAUGUUGAUGGUACCCAAAGUCUAUAACAGAAUUGAUGUACACGGGAAUGGAGCGCAUACUCUCAGUGAUUCAAGUUCAUCAAUGGAGCCAAUUCCUUGCUAUCAGAAUACUGAUAUCCUAUCAGAUAGUUUUAUGUUUAGACCAUGAUA